AUGGAGUCUUCCAUUGACCUGUCGCUGCUCAUCGUUGCGGUCACCAAGCUACCUUUCGGUGCGUCCUUCAUCGUCUUGUCCGGCCAUCCGCAGGUCGUGCGCGUGGGCGGUCCAGAGGACAAGCGCAGCUUCGCGGACAAGAUCGACUACAUCGAGAGAAGCAAUUGGGCUAUAUUUACCAAUCUCGGGGCCGUCUUCCGUGACCUCAUCCGAGGUGUCGCCAUCCACGAUAAGCUCAAUCAGGAGGACUUGUCGAAGCUGGUCUUCUUGUUCAGUGACAUGUGA